CCGGCAUGGCACAUCAACACCAUGACACCAUCACAAUACUCCCUUUCCUACAGAGUUCAUCAAUAGUUGGCACAAACGAGGAGAUUCUGUUACACCGUUUCUCCAGCGCAGUAUUGUGUGUCACAUUUCUCAAUCAUGUCCUCAAGUACUACUCCAGCAGCGCUCAAAGCAGCCAUCCUUAUCGUUUCAACGACAGCAGCUCAAGACCCCGCAACGGACUCGGCCGACGUCACUCUCCGCCAGGUCUUCGAUGAACAACAAGCCCAAUGGGAGGUCCAUGAAUCCAAAAUCGUUCCCGACGAUGUCGUGCAAAUCCAGAAGCAAAUCAUCCACUGGACAAACCAAGCCACCGCCGCAAGUGGCGACAACAACAACAACAACAACACCAACACCAUCAACCUCAUCGUAACCACAGGCGGCACCGGCUUCGCCGUGUCCGACCAAACCACCGAAGCCGUCUCGGCUCUCCUACACAAGAAUGCUCCUGGCCUGGUCCACGGCAUGCUGGCGGCUUCGCUGCAAGUGACCCCCUUUGCCAUGAUGUCACGACCUGUGGCUGGCGUCAGGAACGGCACCGUUAUCGUUGCGCUGCCUGGGUCCCCCAAGGGCGCGAAGGAGAAUCUGCAAGCAGUGAUCAAAAUGCUGCCCCACGCUUGCAUGCAGGCUGCUGGUGCUAACUCUAGAGCUUUACAUAAGGGGGGAGUGAAGAAAUUGGAGCAGGAGGCGGGAGUAGAAGGAGGUGGUGGACGUGGACAUGGUCACGGACAUGGACACGGACAUGGACACAAGCAUCACGACCAUGGCGAGCACCGAGGAGGAGGAGGGGGAGGCUGUGGCGCCCAUGGGCAUGGCCAUAACCACGGUCACGGCCCAGGCCACGGCCACGCCGGUCUAGUCCGACACACCAUCCCCUCUGAAAACCCCAAGUCCAACGAUCCCAGCUUAGGUCCCAGCCGCCGCCACCGCGAGUCUCCUUACCCGAUGCUCUCUGUCUCCGAAGCGCUCUCCCAAAUAGCGCAACACACGCCGAUGCCGCAAAUCGUCACCUCCAAAGUCGAUAGCUCGCUCAUCGGCGCCGUUCUGGCGCAGGACGUUUCGGCGCGCGAAAAUGUGCCCGCUUUUCGCGCUAGCAUCGUCGACGGCUACGCCGUAGUCGUGCCCCAAGACGGGAACAUGCGCGGCGUGUUCCCCGUCGUGUCGGUUUCGCAUGCCGCUCCUGGAGAUGGGGAAAAAAUGCCGACGCUCAAAGAGGGCGAGAUUGCCCGGAUCACCACGGGUGCACCCCUGCCUCCGGGUGCGACAUCGGUUAUUAUGGUGGAGGAUACGGUGUUGGUGUCGACGACGUCAUCCAAGACGGAGGAUGCGGAGGAUGGAAAGGGAGUGGAGGAGGAGAAGGAGGUGGAGAUUUUAGCAGCUGAUAAAGUUCGCGAAGGCGAAAAUGUUAGGGAGGUGGGAAGUGAUAUCAAGCAGGGGCAACUGAUUCUAGGCAAGGGAGAUCAGGUGUCUGCUGUGGGGGGUGAGAUUGGUCUGUUGGCCGCCGUGGGUGUGGGUGAGGUGCAGGUGUACCGACGUCCUGUUGUUGGCGUUCUAUCUACGGGUGAUGAGAUUGUGGACCAUGAUCGCCCGGGAGACUUGCGGCUGGGCGAGGUGCGCGAUACGAACCGGCCAACUCUCAUUUCGGCGGCGAGAGAUUGGGGGUAUGAGGUGAUUGAUCUUGGAGUGGCGCGGGACAAGGCCGGGACUUUGGAGGAGACGCUGCGGCAGGCAUUGAGGCAGGUUGACGUGGUGAUCACGACCGGCGGAGUGUCCAUGGGUGAGCUGGAUCUCCUCAAGCCGACGAUAGAGCGUUCGCUGGGCGGAACAAUUCGCUUUGGUCGGGUGGCAAUGAAGCCCGGCAAGCCUACCACGUUUGCUACCGUUCCGGUAAAGGAUAACGACGGAGAGAGAGUUUCCAAGGUAAUCUUCUCGCUACCAGGUAACCCGGCAUCGGCUUUGGUUACGUUUCACUUGUUUGUACUGCCGUCUCUGCACCAAAUGUCGGGCGUCUCACCACCUGGCUUGCCAAAGGUGCCUGUGACACUGGGCCAUGAUUUCUCCCUCGAUAGAUCUAGACCCGAGUACCACCGGGCCAUUGUCUCCGUUAGCAGGGACGGAGUGCUCACCGCGGUCAGCACAGGAGGACAGAGAAGCUCGCGGGUAGGAAGUAUGAAGGGGGCCAACGCGCUUCUCUGCAUGCCUUGCGGACCAGAGCCGUUGCGCAAGGGUGCCAAGGUGGAAGCGUUGCUUAUGGGCGGUUUACGCAGCGAUGUGAUUUAGAAAAGCUUCUACCCUCGUGUCUGUUCAUGUGCGAUGAUGCCGACCGCGCCCUGAUCGUUUAGCCAUGCGAAUGCCUCUUCCAAUAAACGCCGUUAACAAUGUGACCUUGACUUAGAC